GCGCGCUUCCUUCGCCACCCACCGACGCCACGCCACGCCACUCGCCCACACGAGACGAGCACGAAGCCUCUCCUCCACCUCCACCUCCGCCUCCGCCUCCGCCUCGCCCCGCCCCGGAGGAGGAGGAGCAGAGGGAGGGAGCAGGGAGGGAGGAGAGGCAGAGCCCGCCUGCCAAAAAUAGGCGGCCCUGCCCCCGCGGGCGCGCGACACAUGGGCGUCCCCUCCGCUCGCGACGCCCACCGGCCCGGCGGCGGCGGAGACGCUGGGAGCGUGCUGUUCGAGGUGGAGCAGUCGGCCUCGCCGCCGCCCAUGUCGUCCUGCGGCCGCUACAUCCUCCACCGCGUCUGCAGGUUCGACACCCUUGCCGGCGUCGCCAUCAAGUACGGCGUCGAGGUGGCGGAUGUGAAGCGGGUGAACGGCCUCACAACGGACCUGCAGAUGUUCGCGCACAAGACGCUGCGGAUUCCGCUCCCCGGAAGGCACCCACCCGCCGCCGCCGCCUCGGCCCCAUCCCAUCCUCCUCCCCUCUCCAUCCACGCUGCCGACGCUGCCACCGAUCGUCCCAGAGAAUGGGCUACCUGUCGCCCUCCCAAAAAUGCUGCCUUCGAUCCAUUCCUGAAACCACCACGGAGCACAGUUUCGUCUUCCAUGAACCUCUUGCACAGUUACUAUGGCCUUUCAAAACCUGCAAAGGGGGACCCAAAAAAUGAAGGCACCGAAAUGGCGACAUACAGUAUAGGUCAGAAUAGGAAAGCUAGAAGCUUAUCAACGGGUUUUUCUCUUGUAAAUGGUGAUGCUACUUGGGAGGUUGAUGAUGCCGAAAAGCCAAUAAGACGACGCCAGAAAUCUGAUAGCGAGUUUUCAACAUGGGAGGGCAAUAGUGGUGGUGUAUUGAUGAAGGCGGGCCCAGGUUUGGCAUUGAGGCCUAAAUCUGGCAAUCGACCAGAUAUAAACAACAGCCAGCAGGAUCUUGUAGCGACUGCAGUACCUUCAUAUGGUGAUGGAUUGCAAGCUGUGAGGAAGUCAUCAAGCACUCCUGAAUUCCAAGAUUCAGACAACAGCAUUGCUUCUGAGUGGCUUAAGAGCAAGUUGGGCUUAAAACCAGAUGCAUUCACCCUCCCUCUCCCAAUCUUGCUUCUCGACAGCAUUCCAAAGCCUAUCUUCGACAGCUUUCCGAAGCAAAUUGCUGCUUGGAGAAAUAAGGCUGCCAGAGAUUAGUAUGGUUUGCAGCUUGGUUAUAUGCCUUGCAUAUACAGGUUGUUAUUGGUGCCGAAAGGGCCUGGAGCCUGGAGAAGUUCAGGGUUUGGUUUAUUUCUUCCCCAACCAAACAGCAGAGCUAGUUCAGGCAGUGGAUAUUAUAAACACACAGAAACACCUCCUCCAUAACUUACAAAUGUGGUGCGAAACUGCGAAACGACGUGUUGGAUAUAUUAUACGCUAGAGUUCUAAAUACAUACUGUGUGCUGAACCUGCUGCAGCAAAGCAGCAGCAGUUGUUUCCUGUCAUAAAUUAUACUAGUUUGGGACUUGGAGUGCCUCUUUUGGGGCUUACUGGAGCUUAUUCUUUUGUACACAAUGCAGAACUGCACAUAGGCAAUAUAUAGAUCAGAGGGAAAGAAUCAGAAUGUGUGUUCUUCACUUGUUCUCUUGACUAAUAAAGAGGUGGCUUUAUCCGUUC